CCGUCGCGGGGCAUCUUGGGAUUUGCUGUCUCCCUCGCGUUCCUUCUAUCCCGUCGGCGUGAAGCUGCCCCGAUCCUCGCCCGGACGAUGGCCGGUUUCCGCGCUUUAGGAUUGGACUCCUGGCUGGCGUCUCAGGCGGAGCAGCUGGGCUUGUCGAGGCCUACCCCGGUGCAGGAAGCCUGCAUCCCUCCCGCCCUGCAAGGUCGCGACUGCAUGGGCUGCGCCAAAACAGGAAGUGGCAAGACAGCUGCCUUUGUGCUCCCCAUCUUGCAGAAACUUUCUGAAGAUCCUUUUGGCAUUUUCUCCCUGGUGUUGACACCAACAAGAGAGCUGGCCUAUCAGAUUGCUGAACAGUUCCGUGUCCUUGGGAAGCCUCUGGGUUUAAAGGACUGCAUCAUAGUCGGGGGAAUGGAUAUGGUCUCUCAAGCCCUGGAACUGUCUCGGAAGCCCCAUGUUGUCAUCGCUACCCCCGGGCGCCUGGCUGAUCACCUACGGAGUUCCAAUACCUUCAGUCUUCGAAACAUCAAGUUCUUGGUCCUAGACGAAGCCGACCGGUUACUAGAACAAGGCUGCACCGACUUUACCAAAGAUUUGGAAGUCAUCUUGGCUGCAGUUCCAGCCAACAGGCAGACGAUGCUCUUCAGUGCCACCCUGACAGAUACCCUGAAUGAGCUCAAGAAGAUCGCCAUGAACAAACCCUUCUUCUGGGAAUCGAUAUCUGAGGUACGGACAGUGGAACAGCUCGAUCAGCGUUAUCUUCUGGUGCCCGAAAAGGUCAAAGACGCUUACUUGGUCCACCUCGUGCAAACAUUCCAAGAUGAACAUGAGGACUGGUCCAUCAUCAUCUUCACCAACACUUGCAAGACCUGUCAAAUUCUCAACAUGAUGCUCAGGAAGUUCAAUUUCCCAUCCGUGGCUCUCCACUCAAUGAUGAAACAGAAACAACGUUUUGCAGCGCUGGCAAAAUUCAAAUCGAGUGUCUUUAAGAUCUUAAUAGCUACCGAUGUAGCUGCCAGGGGGCUCGACAUUCCCACUGUCCAAGUCGUCAUCAAUCACAACACGCCUGGACUCCCCAAAAUCUACAUCCACAGGGUGGGCCGAACAGCCCGAGCUGGUCGGCACGGAAUUGCCAUCACGCUGGUGACCCAAUACGACAUCCAUCUCGUCCAUGCGAUCGAAGAACAGAUCAAAAUGAAGCUUCAGGAGUUUUCGGUGGAGGAGCAAACUGUGCUGAAAAUUCUCACUCAAGUGAAUGUGGUCCGGCGGGAAUGUGAGAUCAGACUGGAGGCAACCGAUUUUGAUGAGAAGAAGGAAAUAAACAAGCGGAAGCAGAUGAUCCUGGAAGGAAAGGACCCUGAUCUGGAGAUGCAACGGAAGGCCGAGCUGGCCAAGAUUAAGAAGCAGAAGCUCAAGUUCCAGAGCCAAGUCCAACAGACCCUGCAGGAGAGACAGCAGAAGCAGCUUCAGCACAAGCUGAUAAAACGGGCACGACGGCAGCAGAAGCAGAAGCAGGCGAAGUGAGGGCAGGUCGUCCUCCCGCCUUGGUGGCAAAGGACCCUUGUGGGGAACAAUCCGCCACUGAGCUGCCUCCGCCCCAAAUUCGCCUUGCGCCAAAGGGAGGACGCUUCUUCUAACGUUUCGCCUUUCAGUGAAUGUAACCGAAUAUCAGGAGAAAAAGGCUUGGGAAAAGAAUUAUUAGCAAAGGCAGGUUGGAGAAGUUGCUUGGCUGUCUGGAGACCAAGGAGAGUCUCUCCUUGAGGCCGUCUCCUUUUUUCCAAAAACCCGAGACUUUCAUUUGGGCUGGGCCCUUGGAGACCAAGGAGCAUACUUGGAGUGUAGGGACGUGGUGGCUCGGUAGCUAAGACGCUGAGCUUGUCGAUCGAAAGCUUGGCAGUUCAGCGGUUCGAAUCCCUACUGUCGCGGAACGGGGUGAGCUCCCGUUACUUGUCCCAGCGUCUGCCAACCUAGCAGUUCGAAAGCAAGUAGAAAAAUAGGGACCACCUUUGGUGGGAAGGUAACCGCAUUCCGUGCGCCUAUGGCCACAUGACCAUGGAAACGUCUUCGGACAGCGCUGGCUCUUCGGCUUUGAAACAGAGAUGAACACCGCCCCCUAGAGUCAGGAACGACUAGCACAUAUGUGCGAGGGGAACCUUUACCUUUACCUUGGAGACAGCCCCCUACCCACCUUUCCAAAUGAGGGCUGCAUCAUAAGAUCUUGUCUCGCAGCCAACAGUUUUUCAAGUCUCACCAGGCAGUCGUGCCACUGAGCAAAGUUUGGUGAUUUGUGGGUGGAGCCUUUUGAUAGAAGCAGGCUCUGGUUUUGGGGGGGGGGGUAUCACCAGAAUCUCACGGCCAUGCCAGGCACAUGCUGGCAAGUAAACUGUGUACUUUCAAUAAACCGUUCUCUAUGAUGAAGUGGAAAAACAGAAGCUUUUACGUGUUUUACUGUAUAUAAACCUUGCUACAGUCUUUGA